ACCUUGAGCGACCUAGGGGUGAACGUGUCAACUUCUGCAGCAGCCCUACUUACUACAUUCGUCCCGGCUUUUGGCUUGGCUGUUGUAUGGUUUGGGCUCUUCCUCGUCUGUCGGCGGACGCAGCGCCGAUUCUACGCGCCCAAGUCAUACUUGGGCCACCUUCAUGACUAUGAACGGAGCCCAGAGCUCCCUUCUGGAUUUUUUAACUGGAUUGGAGUGUUUCUUCGACUUCCAGAUAGUCACGUUCUUCGUCAUUCGUCUCUAGACGGGUAUUUCUUCGUUCGCUUUUUGAAAGUGAUGUCUGUGGUAUGCCUCGUCGGUUGUGUCAUAACCUGGCCAAUCCUGCUUCCAAUCCACAUCGCAGGUGGUGCUGGAAAUAAGCAGCUGGAUGCCAUGAGUUUCAGCAAUGUGAAAAAUCCACAGUCUUAUUAUGCCCACACAAUAGUAGCUUGGAUCUUCUUCGGGUUUGUUUUCUGUGCCAUUACCCGGGAGAGCAUCCUGUAUGCUACGUUGCGGCAAGCAUAUCUUCUCUCUCCCUUAUAUGCGAGCCGGAUAUCGUCUCGGACAGUGCUAUUUCUGGCUGUCCCGCAGUCCUACUUGUGCAAGAACAGGCUGACCAAAGUUUUUGGAGAUUCAGUCAAGCGAGUUUGGAUCACCAGCGAUUGUUCAAAACUGCAAAAACUGGUGAAAAAGAGAGAUACAUUAGCGUAUCGUUUAGAGGGGAUAGAAACAGGGUACAUCAAAAAGGCCCAUGCUGCGCACCUCAAGUCAUCAAAAGGUGACAUAAAGGAUCCGGAGUCGUCGAUGGAGACUUCUCCCAUUGAGCUCGAGCAAGGGAAGGAAAGUUUUCCACCGGCACCAAAUAUCGAACGGCCCAUGCAUCGACACCGAUACGUUUUUGGCCAAAAACUUGAUACCAUUGACUGGCUGCGCUCUCAGCUUAAGGAGGUUAUUCCUCAAGUUGAAGAGCUACAACAACGUCACCGAGAAGGACAAGUAAAGCCAGUCUCUGCUGUGUUUAUCGAGUUUGGCACGCAGAUGGAAGCUCAGAUUGCCUUUCAAACACUCUCGCACCAUCAUCCGCUCCAAAUGACACCGCGUUUCAUAGGAAUCUCGCCAGACCAGGUAAUUUGGCCCGCAUUACAGUAUAGUUGGUGGCAGAGGAUUAUCCGCAAAUUUCUUAUCCAAGGGUUUAUCGCCGUUCUGGUAAUAUUCUGGUCGAUUCCGUCCGCGUUCGUCGGGUCGAUCUCUAAUAUUACGUACCUUACCAACCUGCUCCCGUUUUUAAAAUUCAUUAAUGAUUUGCCAGGGAUUGUCAAAGGGGCGAUCAGCGGUGUCCUGCCGACAGUGGCGUUAGCGAUCCUGAUGUCUUUGGCACCGAUUAUACUGAGAUGGUGCGCUCGACAGUCGGGUCUGCCGUCAACGGCCCGAGUCGAACUCUUUACUCAAAACGCCCAUUUCGUCUUCCAAGUCGUUCAAGUCUUCUUGGUGACAACCUUGACAUCUGCAGCAUCUGCAGCAACUAGCCAGAUUAUCAAAGAUCCCCUAUCAGCCAAAGAUCUUCUCGCAGAAAAUCUACCGAAGGCGUCAAACUUCUAUAUCUCGUAUUUUCUAUUUCAGGGUUUGAUAUUGAGCUCGGGAGCGGUCAUGCAGGUCGUUACCUUUUUGGUCUUUAAGUUGCUGCGGGUGCUUUUUGAUAGGACUCCGAGAAACCUGUACCAGCGCUGGGCAUCUCUCACCGGUUUAUCCUGGGGUACUGUGUUUCCCGUUUUCACGAACAUGGUGGUGAUUGCCAUUACGUAUUCCUGUAUUGCUCCAAUUAUACUUGGAUUCUCUUCCUUGGGGCUAUACCUCGUGUAUCAAGCUUAUCGAUAUAAUCUUUUAUUCGUCUACGACUCGACAGUCGACACCAAAGGACUCAUAUAUCCGCGAGCGUUGAAACAGGUUCUGACAGGGAUCUACCUGGCUGAAAUCUGCCUGAUAGGCCUCUUCGCGAUCAAAGGAGCAAUUGGCCCUCUGAUCCUAAUGGGCAUCUUCGCAAUUGUCACCGCACUGGCCCACAUUUCGUUGAACGAUGCACUGAGUCCGUUGUUGUCAGCAUUACCGCGCACGCUAGACAACGAAGACGAUGUCGAAGAGGAAAUUAUUGGUACUGGAAGCGAAGGCUGCUCCAGCAGCUCCAUUAACGAUCAUGAAAAGGGUAUAGCUCAGGCCACCGUGACGCAUACGGAAUUGAUCGGUCGUCGGGCCCGACUGCGAAAGAAAUUCCUGAAGUUCACAACUUGGUUACUGCAUCCGAGUACAUAUGCGGAUUAUGCAUCGCUACGAAAGAAGGUCCGACAAGACCCCGGGAUAACCUAUGGCCAGGAGGUCGAUGACAAUGCCUACUACCCACCAUCAGUUACGAGCCCGACGCCGCUGCUCUGGGUCCCGCGAGACGCGAGAGGUGUAAGUCGGCAGGAGGUCGCGUUAACGAGGACGGUGAUCCCGAUUACGGACGAGGGCGCCCAUCUCGAUGAAAAGAACAAGGUUGUAUGGGAUAAGAUCGGGAUGAAGCCCCCGAUCUGGCAGGAGAAGAUAUUCUAUUAAAAAUUGCAGAAACAAGAAAAAAAAAAAAAAAAAAAAAAAAGAGAAAAGAAAAAAGAAAAGAGAAGAGCCAACAUCAACGCCAAUGAAUGACUGGCGGAGAAAUUCGACAAAUCACGCGCGAUGCGGCCCCAUUCCAAUCAUUGCUCAUUGCUCCUGUCAAUACGAAGUCGGAAAGUCAAGAGAUUGCACUGGCGAACAGAACCCCGCGUGAGGAGAUUAGGCCUUAUUAUUAGUAUUAUUAAUAGACGAUACCCCUGUUCACAGACCAUGCUGCUGGACUUAUUCGGCAGCUUUGCGUGGAACUGACUCGCAUUUUCUUACCUUCAAACCAAGGACCGGAGCAGAAUGUAUUGCUUCUACUACCGGAGUAAGAUAUAGCAAAUUUUAAUAACAGACUUGAUAAUCCCGUCUCCAUCCGUU